AAACUGUCAUAAUGCACCAUAUCGUUGUUCUAACGUGAUGUUUUUUUGCGUGUUUGUUUAAUAACAUAUCUUCAGUCUUAAUGUUUGUUAUCAAUGUUUUUAGAUGCUUAAAUCUUUGCGAGAGACGCUGGAGGCCCGUGGGGUCCUGGGGCAGCUGAAGGCGAGGAUCCGGGCGGAGGUGUUCAGCGCGCUGGACGAUGAGAGCACGCCGCGGCCGCCGCUGUCCCACGAGAACCUGCUGAUCAAUGAACUGAUCCGAGAAUACCUGCAGUUCAACAAGUAUCAGUACACCGCCUCGGUGCUGACCGCGGAAUCAGGUCAGCCUGAAGUUCCCCUAGAUCGGGAGUUCGUGGCCAAUGAGCUCAAUGUCACAGAAGAUUCAAGUGUCAAAGCAGUGCCAUUGUUGUAUGGAUUGCUCCAUCAUUUCCUUAGCAGUAAGGAAGAGCACACAGGAAAACUCUUCCUAAGAGGCUCAGCAACAGUGCCUUCACAAGAACCUCAUGGCCAUCGUAGUGCAGAGUCAUAAAACUGAGCUUUGCAGUCAUUCGGGAAGCAACACACAAGAGGAAGUCAUAUGAUCACAAUUAAAACAAUUAGCCAUUAAAGAGGACAAAAUAUUCUGUUCGGCUUACUCCAGUUGUAGAUGUUGAAUGUAUUAUUUUUUUUUUUUUACUUUUAAAUGUUGUUUUUUUUUUUGUACUUACAGUACUAGUUUUAUGAAUAAAAACAUUGUGGUUGUUCAGUUUAUAGCUUCUCAGCUUUGAAAACAAUGCAGCAUUUUACAAUAUAUUCAUAUUUAUCAUAUAUUUUUUUUAUUUGACAUCCAGUUAACUGAUUUUGAAUCUGAUGUUUGUAUCAUCUUCUUUUAAAAGCUGUUAUAUGGAAUAUUAAAUUUACUUUUACUUGUAAAAAAAGCAGCAGCAUUAUUUUUAUUUCAUUUUUGUACACCUUAUUUUUUAUUGUAAAAAAAAAUAAAAUAAGCAUGUAAAUUAAUUUGUGCAGUCUAAAUUGAAAAUGUUCAGCUAAUCAUAAGAUAAAUGCUUCGAUUGUUCAUUUUAAAUUGCAAAAUUUCCACACACAAAAAGCCUGGAUUGUUGGCUAGCUUCUAAAAUAAGUCUUUCUGGUAAAAAAAAAAAAAUGUUAUCAUCAACAGAUAGAUAAUGUGAAACAAUUUGAACAAAUAUGAGCAGAUAAAUAUUUGCUUGCUCUCCUGCUGCUAAGCUGGAACCACGUUCCACCGAGGACAAAUAUAUCCAAACACAUAUGACCCUCUAAAGUAGUGUGCAUGUACUCAGGAUUUUUAUGAGAAUUCAAUGUGCACAAAGAUAAAUUAUAGAUAACAAACAUUUAGUUUUUCUAUAGUAAUGAUUUAACUCCGUAUACAUGUAAUUGCCUGUUUUCGAAUGUCCAUGUCUUGUGCCUGUGACACUAAGUGGAUUCAUAUGUACCUUGUAGUGAGAUUUUGUCUAGUAAGGUGAUGUUCUCUCAUACUAAUGUAGGCAAAUCUUUAUGCUCCAGUUACUCUGAACGGCUUCAGUAGAAAUGAGUUUUUGGAUGAGUCUCAGGAGACUAUCUACCCUGAACAGCCUGUGCUUCACUCAGCAUUAAUCUAGCACAUAUUUCCCAUUCGCUCCUUCCGUUCUCCUUCAGACACACUGUCAGGACUAAUUCCUGAGAUACUGCUCUUCCACUAAGACUACAACAAAGUAUUCCUACUGAAGCCAAACUCUGGUCCAAAUAGGUGUAUUAUAAUUCCUUUCCUACAUUUUAUUGUUUAUCAGUUGCUGAAAAUAAAGGACUGUUUACCCAGA